UUUUGAAAGAGAAUUGUCGCGUUCUUUCCAUCAGUCAUAUCUCUUCUACACACGGUACAUGUGCAACAGUUUUAAUUUAUAUUCUCCGGCAUUUAAAAAAUUUAGUAAAGAAUCUAGUGAAAGUGAAAACGUGAAUUUUAUAUGCUGCAUGAUCAAAUAAAAAUACCGAAACCAUUCUUUAAAACAUUAAAAACACAAAAGCUGUUUGUUAAAAUAUUGCAAAAAACAAAAACACUUAUCCAUUUUCGUUCAAAAUUCGGAUUACUUAAGAUGUCGGCUAUUCUGAUUGACAAUCAAAACUGAAUUUCAAAGUGUAUGUCAACAUCGCCUAAUUCCAAUAAAUGAGAGCACAUCGAUCAAUAAAGAUGGAAACAAUCAGAAAAUCGGACGAAUCUCAAUGGAUAUUUAGCACUAGGCAGCUCUUAGCGACGCUAAGCCCGCUACUAGCAGCGUUCCUGAUCGGUUUAACAAAUGGUUUCCACACCAUUCUUUUGACACAGCUUAUUCCUACAUCCACAACAGACACGAACAACCACGAGAUCUGGAUAACCAGCAACGAUGAUUGGUAUCAAUCGCCGUUUUCUGGCGCCAUGUUUGCUAUCAUAGGCUGUUACUUGUCAAUAAUCGCCAUGGAAAAGCUAGGCAGGAAGAAAUCCAUGAUGGUAAUUUUUCAAAUAUCUUUAAUCGGAUGGAUCGUCAUUGGGUUUGCAAGGAAUAUUCUGUACAUCAAGAUUGGAACAGCAAUUUGCAGCUUAGGUGUUGGUCUCUUUAGUCCCCUAAUACCGGUUUACAUCGGUGAAAUAACAGAUCCUUCGUUAAGAAGCUUGUUCUUAAGUAUGAUAAACACGAUGAUGACAUCUGGUGUUCUAAUGGCCGUGACUUUUGGCUCUUUUCUUCACUGGAGAAUCGUCAACUACAUCUGUGAGGCAUAUUUAUUGAUAUGUUGGUCGGCCUGUGUUAUAUCUCAAGAAAGUCCAAUCUGGUUGAUGAACAGAGAUCGAAAGAAAGAGGCGCUGUAUCAUUGGGUCCAUCUUCGAGGAUGGAAAUCAGAAGGAGAAUAUCGUGCCAUGGAAACAGCUGUAAGAAGAAAUGUCGAGCAAAGUAAAUUCGUCGGAUCUACGAUCAUUUCCAGAUUGAAGUACGAUCUGUGUUCAAAAGACUUCCUAUGGCCUCUGUCCGUGUCGUGUAUGUUGUUCUUCGUGUAUUACUUCUCCGGAUACAAAUUAGUGAAAUACCAUAUGCUUGAUAUUAUCUCAACGACUGUUCAGUCUCGCAGCCUCGUUGCUGAAAUAAUUAUAACGUCGAUGAUCUUUGUUACGGAUAUCGUUGCUUGUUUUUUUGUAUGGAAGUGCAACAGGAGAACGUUGGCCAUAAUUUCUGCAAUGGGCACAAUCUCUUCUCUAUUUGUAUUGAUUCUUUACGUGUACCUUAAUCUUGAAGUAUCCUGGCUGAUUAUUACUUGUUGCUUGUGCUACUAUGUAUUUUUUGGAAUCGGUCUGAUACAUUUGCCAUGGAUAUACUGCGGAGAAUUGUUCCCCAGUAAAUUAAGGAGCUCCGGCAGCAGUAUCGUGUUUGGAUUUUCGUAUAUUUGCACCGUAGUGGACACGAUACUAGCGCCAGAAUCGAUCAUACCGCUGGAAAUGCAGGAGCUUUGUAUAAUUUAUUUUACCUUGAUGGUGGCCGGGAGUAGCUUCUUGAUCUGGAAACUACCGGAAACAAAGGAUAAGACUUUGUUGGAGAUUGAAAGGAUGUUUGACAACGAAUCGGGCGACAACAAUGUGAAUGUGAAUGUUAUGAUGAUCUGAACAAACAAACAUCCUUUGUUCUUGUGAUCGUGUAUGUUUGCGUUUUGUAUUUAUAUUUUGCGAAAUUGAAUCGCUUGGUAAACUAUAAUGAUCGUUGUAGGGCAAGAGUUAGCCUCUUCGAGCGAAAUGCAAAAUGAAACAUUCGAUAAUUGCACAAAAAUCGGCACGCGAGUUUUGCAAUGAUGCCGAUGUAGCUUUAACUGAGAAAUCAAAAUUUGUUAUUUUUCAUUUAUAAUCAAUGAAACCUUUGCCAAUAUGUUUCUUACAUUUUUCUGAGUAAAAUCACACGAAACGCGAUAUAAUCCGCAGCAUAUUUGCUUACGCAAUGAACGAUAAUAAAAUACUUAUCAAUAAGUAAAUAUAAUUCAAAUUAUAUCGCGUUUGAUCUCAUUUUAAUCAGAAAGACCUCAAAAAUACGUCAGUAAAAGUUUAAUUUAGAAAAAGUCAGAAGUAAAAAAGUUUCACUUUCGAAUUGGUUCCUAAAUACAUUGUCUCAGCGAUAUCUGACGUUGGAUCAUGUUACAUUACUCGGCGGUCUCUGCGGACCAUCGAGCUUCGUGGUGCAUCAGAAGAACCUCUCCUAUGUGGUGCUUUUUUUUUAUUAUAGACUGUUUUCUAUAUUGAUUUUUAUAUGGUCAAGCGAUAAGAUUUUGCGAGAGUUAUUCAGGUUGACAAAUAAACUCUGAAUGUUUAUACAAUUACGGUAAGCGUAAAGAUAUGAGAAUGUGUAAAGAUAAGCAUAAAUGCUUAAUAAUCGAGUGAAGUGUGACAGAACAUAAAUAUGGCACGUGUUUAUUAUAUACAUGUUGAUAUUUUCCUUAUAAUCGACGCUAUCUGACGCAUUUGAUCACUUGAGUAUACACAUUUACAUGUAUAUGUGUAUUCGAAUGAUUGCAUCAGCGGUAAUACUAAAACAGUGUCGGGUAAACAUUAUUUUUUGCUGUCAAUAUCUUGAAUAAGAUGUUAAUUAUGAAAGAAUAUUAAUUGGAAUAAUUGAAUUUGUUGAACUUGUUGAAUUUGUGUAAUAGAUACGACUAAAGUAACGUCAUUGAUAAAAUUACAUCACAUCAUAACUAUAUACAUCGCUAGACUCUAAUGCUAAGUCUUUUAGUAUUUAAUUCCUAAUUGAUGUAGAAUCAUCAAGAAUUAUAAUACAAAUCGCAAGGAUAAAAUAUUUAAGAGGAAAAAUAAUCCUCUACCCAUACACUUUGAAAAAUGAAACGUUAAUAGUUGCAAUUCUAUUUUCAAUUAACUGAAUUACAUUUUGGGAAGUUUUUUGAGAAAGGAAUUAAACUCAACUUUAAUAUUGUUAUAAAAUUUUCUAUAAUCGAUUUUUCUUACAAAUUAACUCUACUGCAGUCGACUAAUUUUUCUAUAAUAAAAUCACUGUUGUUCAGAAAAUUAUGCACAUUAACGUGAUGUUGCUUUCUUUAUUCGUAAUGUAAUGAAUUUUUUUAACGACAAAGGAAUAUGGCAAAAAAUAUAACAACGUCAACCUUGAUUUCUUUUAUUUAGAAGAUUUUAUCGAGAAGAUAUCCUUUAUUUAGUAUUCUUUUUCGCUACAAAAAUUGUUAAUAAUUUCUCUAAAUGUAGUUAAGAACUCGUAAUAUAUUUAGAGGCCGUCCGAGAGUAAUAAAGGUCAGAUUAAAAAUUUCGUCGAUUUUCUCAUUUGUAGUUUUAUUAGAACGCAACGUUCUAUUCUUUACUCUGUUUCCCUUGGUUUUCAGCAACCUCAAAUACACGCGCUAUUAGAGGCACGCGAACUGGUCAUUAUCAUCGAAACUUUAUUUGCUUCUCGACAAGGAAUCCUCACUAGAUUUUUAUCUUUUUUUCUUAAUGAAGCUUCUCUUUGUUCCGUCCUUGUUCUUGACAAAGCUUCUUUAAAAAUAGAUUGCUUCUUUUUAUACAGAAUAUUUAUAAUCGUGUUAUUUCACUUAAUGUUUUUUGCAUGAAAGGAUUAUCUCAUUUUAUUAUGUAAAAGAAGUUUCAACGAGGUCAAGAUUUUAAUAAUUAGAUAAAAUGUAAUAGUGACAAACAGCAAAAUAAAUAUCAAUAUUAUGAAUCAAUGUAAUAAUUAAUAAUUAAAGUAAGAUAAUUUGUACGCGAAAUGGAUCGCAAAAUGUCUAAGCCUAACUUUCUUACCAUUCUUAACUUACAAAUAAUUUGAAAGAAUUUUAUUAUCCUUAUUAAUAUUUAAUAAUCCUAUUAUAUUACACAAUCAUUUGUUAGAUCCAAUAAAAUUGGAAAUUUUCUUUAAUGAAAAUAAAAAUUUGAAGCAAAAGGAGAAAUUUUACUUGAUUCGUCGAUAAGUUUGCCUAGUUUGCCUACGAAGGAUUAAUUAUUUAUAUAUUUUGUAAUUAAUGCUGGACUCACAUUUAACAAGAAAAUUACGAAUUUAAUUAGUAAUAGAGGAUAUCAAAAAUUGUUCGCUGAAAAUUUUAAUUGUAUCCUAUUACGGUGGCAAAAAAUUUAUCGCUAUCAGUUAUGUAACUUAUAACGAUAAAGACAAUUAGAGUUUAAUUUCCUCACACGGAACGUGUCCGAAAUGAGCAUAAUCUUCAUGAAUGCAUAAUAUCUCGAUAUACACCAUUCCUCGAUAUACUCAUUCCUAUAAUGAGAUUCUUUUUGUUUCUGUCUGUUCUGUCUUUGUAUUACGGUGAAAAAAAUAUUCUUUAAAAUUCGUAGACUCCUGAUUUUCAGAUGAAACAUAGAUAUUGUAAUAGCCUAAGUUUGUAUGGGAGAAAAAUACAUUGUUUUUUAACGUUCGUAAAAAUAUUUUACGUAAAGGGUGCGUUGUUGAAUGUGUACUGUAUAUCUGUUUUAUGUAUAAUAUUACUUUUUACACAAAAAAAAAUAAAUAAAUAAAUAAAU